AUGAAACAGUAUAGUUUUGUGAACAAACAAAUAUAAAUGUAUUUUAUAAUAGUAGCAUGCAAAAGCAUUUGACGAUUUCUAUAAUUAACAAAUUAUAAAAUGGACUCUACUUUACCAGACGACGCCUGGAAGGACUCCUUCGACAGAUUGUUAGACCCCAGACCGCAACUACGGGAACGCAAUAUAAUUAAGAAGAAUGUGCGGGCAUCAUUUAAUAUUGAUUCUAGUGUUGAGAACUCCAAUCCAAACCUUUUGAGCUUCACUGAGUACUCCUCGCAAAAGCCGCAAGCAAUUGAUACGGCUGAUAAAUUAGACAUAAAGAAACGGGGCAACUCCAUCUCAACUCCUAGCGAGAAGCGCCUUAGCUCAAACUUGUUUCAUUGCGCAUUAUCACCAAUUACUGGCUUGAAAUUGGACGGAUUACAAAAUGCAGAUAACCAUCAAUUGAAAGGCACCGAAAAGAAGCAAACGCGAAGGACCGCAAAGCAAGUUAUCUUUGAAGUGAAUACAUUAAGUCCUGAAAAGUCCAGUGACUCGAUUGUUGAAAAUAAACGUUUAAGGUUAAUGUUACCCAACAACGGCUUUAGACAAAGCCGAUCUUCACUUGUCCUUCAGCCGGGAAAAUGGCGCAAGUCUUUGAUCAGCUGGCGACGAACAAACUUAAACGAGGUGCCGCCUGGCGUUUUGAGCCCAAAGCCAUCAUUUAUACCGAGAGCUGUUACAUCGGAAGGUUUGGUGGCCUGUCAUAUAGCCCAACGAACAUCAGCGCACUUAAACGAAAUUUCGGAACCUAACAAGAAAAUCAACUACGAAACAGAAGUGUUGAAGUACUGUGCUCAGUCCAAGCCGUAUAAAUUUAGUACAGCUUAUGCAUCUGGCAAAAUGAUAGACCCUUGCAAGAUUGGCGAAGGAGUUUACGGUGAAGUAUUUAAGUAUGCACAAAAAAAUAGCACAAGAACUGACAUAGUCAUGAAAGUGCUUCCGAUUGAGGGUACUGCCUUGGUUAAUGAAGAAAUUCAAAAGACCUUUGAGCAAAUAUUGCCCGAAAUUAUAAUUUCUCAAGAGCUGAGCAAACUACGAACAAAUAAAACGAACUCGACUUCAGGAUUUGUGGAUAUAUACAACGUAUGCUUAGUCAAAGGGAAAUAUCCUAAGCAUUUAUUAAGCCUUUGGGAAGAAUAUGACGAGGAAAAGGAGUCUGAAAAUGACCAUCCAAAAAUGUUUACUGACAACCAGCUUUUCAUCAUUUUGGAGCUUAAGUUUGCGGGCCAAGAUAUGUCAGCAUUUACCUUCUUAAAUGCCGAGCAGUCGUAUUUUUCAUUGCAGCAGAUAAUAUUAACACUAGCAGUGGGAGAAGAAGCCUUUCAGUUCGAACAUAGAGAUUUACAUUGGGGCAAUAUACUAAUCGAGAAAACAGACAAGAAGCAAAUCGAUUUUAAACUGUGUGGAAGGGACUUGUCGGUUGCAUCAAAAGGAAUUAAAAUAACCAUCAUUGACUAUACAUUGUCUAGAAUAACUGUUGCCGAUUGCUGCCACUAUAAUGAUCUCUCCCAAGAUGACGAUUUAUUUGUGGCAACAGGCGACUACCAAUAUGACAUUUACCGCAUGAUGCGAGAUGAGCUAAAAAACAAUUGGUCAUCGUACUCUCCAAAGACCAAUGUACAAUGGUUAUCAUAUGUUAAUUCCAAACUGAUUGAUGGCGUCAAUUACAAAAAUGUGAACACGAAGGUCCAUAAAACUUAUAUGCAGAAGCUGAAAGCCUUUAAGAAAGUCAUCCUGACAUUUGGCAGCGCUGUUGAUUGCGUCCGACACCUGCAUAGCUUUAAUUAGGUCCAUUUUAGUUUAUUUAUGUUUAAAUUCUUUAAGACUUAUUAACUUAUAUUUUGU